UUAUAAAGUUUGCAUCGACAAAUUCAAAAACCAAGAGACAAACACGAAUUUUGAUUGUUGCCAUCGAUGAGUCCGGGUAUUGUGGCGCUGUACACAUACACAUGUGAGUGGGCAGAAUCUCUAUGUGCUUUUACCUUGCCCUAUACUAUAUAAUAGUAAAGUUUUUUUUUCUCUGCGUGUAUUUUAUCCCCUGGUUAUGCUUCCUACGCACAUUAGCUCUGUUAAAAAGUAGGUUCAAUGUUUAACCCAAAGGCUUCUGAGUGCGCUUUAGUGCCUUGCAUUCACCUUAUUCGAAUUUCAAUUGCGUCAUUAACCCAGGGGUCUGUACUUUUCUGAUAUUUAAUGCAAAAAAGUAUAAAAAGGAUUUAAGUGGUGAGCUUGAGUCGAGCAGUAAAAGAUUAAAGUGUGACGACUUCACACUGGCUAUUGUUAAAAACCUUCCUAAAAUUACGAUAUUGCUAAAUAAAUGUUCAGGCCAUUCUCGUCGCCAAAGUUUUUUGAAACCUCUGUCUCAAAGAGCUCUGAUUUUCUGAUAUUCAUUCUGUUAAAACAAAAUAUUAUUAAAAAAAUGGUCAACAAACAUAUCGAAAAAGAAUCCUUAAUGUCAGGUCAGUUAUUUUUCAUUUUUUCAUGGAUCACUAUUUGGGCAGAAAACAACCGUGCAAUAUUUAUUUAUUAAAAGAAUAUUAGUACAGGUAUAAAAACUUCAGCUACGUAUAAAAUACAACACACGACUGUUAUCAAUGUUUCUCAUGUCCUAAUUAUUUCUUAGGUCAUUUUUUUCCACAAUAGACUCGUCAUCGACUUGUUUUGGUCAUCUCUGUCCUGGUAAAAAGAAGAAGAUGGAGAUAUCUAAAGUAAACUUAGUAUGCGCAUGCCCGUGAAAUAAAGGACAUGAUGAAAACUUGGCUGCAUAGUUUUCUUACUUGCUUAAUUAUUAAACUUUUGAAUAGUGAUGGGAGAACAGUUUGACAUAAAGAAAUGAAUUAUUAACUAACGAAUUUAGUUUUUUGACCAAUUUAAAACUAUUUAAAACCAUAAAGUAACCUAUAUUUUUAAAAAGUCAAAAAGUAAGAUAGUGUUUGAAGAUCGCAAAAGACAGAAAUUUUAAGAGAAAGAAUACAGAACGAUGUAUAAGUCAUCAAACGAAAAUGGCCAAAAACAUCAAGAAUAUAAAAGUAACGAAACCAUCUCUCCUCAUACUUUUUCAUCUCCUCGCUUUCGCGAAGUAACCAGCCGUUGUAUUGAUCAAGUACCUUUGGAAAAAACCACAACCGCUAAUGAAUUUUUGGCGCAUCUCGCUGAAGAAAAAAAAUGUACAGAUAUACAAAAGCCAAACAUACACAUACGUUCUCUUUGUACCAGUCUUCUGAAGAAGGGUUUAUACGACAAAGAAAGUAUACAUGCGUACGUUCUUGUAUCUAGUGUUUACGAUAAUUGCCUUAAAACUAAAAGAUAAACUAAGAUAAUAUUUA